AUGACCAACAUGCAUACAAGUCGUCAAUUAACAUUUGCUGAUGAUAAUAAUGAUAAAACAUCUAUAUCUGUUACUAUUUUAGAAACAUUUGAUACAUCGGCAUCCUAUGGUCUCUAUCUAUGGCCGUGUUCACCUAUACUUGCACAAUAUAUUUGGUAUAAUCGAAAUGAUUUCAUUGGCAAAAAUAUCCUUGAGAUUGGAGCAGGCACGUCACUACCCGGCUUAGUUGCAGCUAAAAUUGGCGCACAAAACGUAAUACUUUGUGACAAUCCUAAAAUUGAUAAAUGGCUGCCGUUAAUACGUGAAACAAUGAAACUCAAUAUGAUGAUAGCUGAUCGUAUUUGUAUUGAAUUUCUUGAUUGGUACGAUGAAGAAAGUAUUGAUGGAGUAAUUAAAAAGUAUUUUCCAUCGGAUGUUGACAUAAUCAUUGGAUCAGAUAUUUUCUUUGAUAAGAAAGAUUUCGAGACAAUAUUAGCUUUACUUGAUAAACUAUUUACUUAUAAGAAUUCAUCGUUAAAAUUUAUUGGAACUAUAGAACGCCGAAGUCGAAGUACAAUCUUGAAAUUAAAUCAUCUUAUUUAUGCAUGGAAUAUGACGCUCGAUAUUGUACCACUCAAUUCUUUCAAUGGUGAUGCUAUUCAUCCAAAUAUUAUAGCGGGACAUGACAUUGUUCUUUUUUCUAUUGUAAAAACCACGCAAAAAUGA